AUGACGUCAGCAGCAGCAAUGACGUCCCUUCCAACGAAGUCAGCAGCUGCUGUUCUCACAGUUCCCCUUAAACCCCUAUCAUCGCAUUCACUCUCCGUACCUGUGCGGCGCGAGGGCCAGCAGUGGCAGUUGCGGAGUUAUGGGGUCCAGCGCAGGAGUGCAGGAGGUGUGGUGAGCGCAUCGGGCCAGGGUGAAAGCGGUCAGGGACGCGGUCACCCGGACACGAAACGCCCCCUAUUUACCAAGGACGAUGGCCCAUACUUCGCCAAAGCUUUAGGGGGAUGUGUGGUAGGAGCGGUGGCAAUUAAAUACGGAAGCCUCUUCAUUGUGCCGCAGCUUACCGAAUCACCCAGCCUGGCUGUUGCCCUCACAAUUAUCAUGACUCCUGUUGUAGUGGCUGCGAUUUUGCUUGCAUAUGCAAGCUCGAAGUCUGACUGA